AAUUGACAAUUUCACAACCCCAAUUGGACAAAUAGCUCGCAAUUUUGUUUGACACAAACCAAAACAGUUCCUGAUUGAUAUUUUUUGCAAAUUUGGAGUACUGAAAAGACCGGAUUCCGAGAAACAAAUAAACAAUAGCAUGAGAUUACUUAGAUGGUUUUAUGAAAUAUGACAGAAUCAGGGAUUAUUGAAAAAUUCAGUGAAAGAUAGAGAGAAUCAAACAUGCCACCACCACCACCUCCUCCCCCCGGGCCUCCACCGCCCCCGGCUGUGAAUGCACCAGCUUUAGGUGGUUCAAAAGGAGGUAAAAAGGAAAGAGGAGCUCUGCUUAGUGACAUUCAUAAAGGAAUGAAAUUAAAGAAAGCAGUAACUAAUGACAGGAGUGCACCUAUAACAAGUAACAAGCCAUCACCAAUGGGUAUGGGAGGUAUGGGAGGUGGCGGGCCCGGAAAGUUCAAUACCGUAGCUAGUCGGCCAACCUCUGGCAGUCAUGGUGCUAUUCCAUUUGGAAGAGGCUCUGUUGAUGAUUGUAACGGCUCAAAUCAUAUCAUAAAACCCCAAAGGAGAUCUAGUCGUGGGAGGCCGACAGUGCCAGCCCCACCCCGUCCAACCAAUGCUGCACCAGCGCCACCUAUUGGCGGACUAGGGGGAUUAUUUGCUGGGGGUAUACCACGCCUACCUAACAGAGGAGGAAGAACUCAAGGAGGUCCAGGAAGGGCCCCAGGAUCAGCACCAUUACGGCCUCCAGGAGCCAACAGUAGGCCAGUACAUUCAAAUAGCAAUAGUGUAAAUCAUAAUGUAAUGAAUGGACCAUCAAGGGGAGGGCCACCGCCCCCACCCCCGACGACAAAUAAACCAAGACAUGCUCAUAGUGAAACUGACUUAUCUGAACAUAAAUCAGUGUCUAAUUCUAUAGCUAACUUUAAAAAAAGUAGUGAUAAUAUUAUUUCUAAUUCACAUCCCAGUAGAAGUUCAGGGGCAGCUCCAGGAGUGCCUAAAUCACAGCCUCCGCCUCCACCAAGCAGAGGACCGCCUUCAGCUCCGCCUGGGGGUGGAUCACAUGGUGCUUCCAGUUCAAACAGACCUCCUCCUCCAAGUUCAAGGCCGCCUAGUAUGGUCGGACGCCCACUUCCUCCUCCCCCUUCUCCAGGAUUAGGAAACAAACCUGGCGGGUCAUUCCCUCCCCCACCACCCCAAAUGCAAAUAGAUUUGCUCCUCCCCUCCCCCUUCCAGUGCAAGCAAACCUCCCCCUCCCCCUUCAAGUGCAAACAAACCUCCUCCACCCCCUUCAAGUCAAAUAAACCUCCUCCCUCUCCCAUGCAAAAUUCAAGGUUUCCACCUCCCCCGCCAGCAAAUGUCCCACCUCCACCCCCCUCUUCUCGUCCACCCAUGAUGAAAAGUGGACCACCACCUCUUCCUCCUUCAUCUAAUCCUCCUGGACGACCAGGUCCACCUCCCCCUCCCCAGAGAACAACCCCUGUAAAUGGAACGAUAGGAAGAUCAGGAAGGUCGGGUCCUCCCCCACCCCCAUCCAGACCACAACAUUCCCAUGCACCUCCACCCCCAGAGAGAAGAUCUUCGUCACAUUACUCAGGAUCUGGAGGGGAUGAAUUUGAAGUACGAUUCCACUUUCAUAACGCAAAUGAAUUUCCUCCUCCUGAGCCGAUGGGAAAACAAAAUAAAACUUACCCUAGUAAAAAUGUGAAAACAAACAAUGAAAGAAGAGCACCCCCUCCACCACCCCCAGGUAACCAUUGAUCAAAUUGUAUAGACCUAGUGACGGUAACAAUCAUAUAAAAUCAAUCACUUACGACAAACAGAAUCAUGACCAUACUGUACCUUUUUUUAUGGUCAUUAGUCUGUUAUCACUUUCUUCAAUGCACGCAUAUCGACAAUUUUCAAACUUAGAAAAUGAUACGAAUGUCAGAUGCAUAGCUGCUGUUAGUAAUGUUGACUGUGCAUUUCUAUUGGAUGGAAGUUCUUACUGGAAUAAGAUGUUUUUAGUUUUGCCAAUGGAUUCAGGGAUGCUGGUCGACUUGACCAAAGGUGGAAAAAAAUUACUUCUAACAAAAGCUCUACUACCUGAAAAACAGAAAGGAAAUAGUGGAUAUUAGUUUAGAAAGACUUGAGGGUGCAACUUGUAAAUGAGUAUUAUGUUCUAAAUUAAGAGUGUUCUCAUUUUGGUCUGUGAUCUUGAUUGUGUGGAAGCUUCUGCUUCAAGAUGAGAUCCAUGUCCCCAAGAAUGAUGAUAUUUGAAAGCUUUUGACAAUGGUGAUCAGAUCUGAAUCUUUGAGGAGCUUAUUUAAUGUACUGUUAGUGUGGCAUACAUUCUUUGAUCUUGAUUAUUUGAAAGCUCUUAACAUUUGAGAACAGAUCUGCAUCACAUAGAAGCUUAGUUUGGUGCUGUAAGAUAGUACUGCCUUUGCAUGAUGGGAAUGUUUUAUAUAUGUGUCUGCUUGAAUUGACAGUUGUAUUUCUCCAUAGAAAUGAUUCUUUGGUGAAGGGACCUAGUGAGAUAUAAAGUAAAAACAAUUAUUGGAAAAUGUGAUAUUACUAAACCAGUGUUUUUACAAUACCCAUGUAUUAUAAAUUGCAAAAUUGUUAAUGUCUGAACAAGAGGGACUCUGAUGAAACUGAUCAAAAGUCAGUCGAUAUCAAACAUAUAUGCACAAACACAGAUUUAGGGGAACGAAAAUUAUACUGAACUGUGGGUGGAGCUAGGAAGUGGGUGGAGUCUGAAAUUUCCAAGGAGCUGCAACUCAUAAAUCAAAUGUGCAUUCAAAGUACUAAAGAGAACCCUGAAGAAAUGAUGAUUUUUAUUUAUAAACGGCACUGGUCGAAGACGGCCAUCACAGUCAAUUUGAUAACCAGAAGAGAGUGAUAUUUUUAUAUCAUUAAAUCCUGUUCAUUCCAGUGAUUCUAUUAACAUUAUGUUACGGGGGAGAAAAUAGUUAUAGAUCUAUAGUCAACAUUUAUGAUUAAAUUCUGUUCAUUUCUUGAACUGCUGCCGUAUUCUAUACUUUAAUCAAACAAAAAUUUCAUUAGUCAAUUCAAGCUUGUUUUUUUUGUUUAUAAUCAUGUAAAGAUAUGACAAAAUUUGCCAUUACCCAUUAAUUAGUCAUUAUUUUGUGGUCUUUUUUUAUCAACAUUGAUAAUUUAAUAUGAGAAAUUGAAUUUUCAAUUUUUGUGGAUCAUUCAGUCACAAACAGAUGCGCAGGCUGGUCUGGAUCCAUGCUGGUCGCAAACGCACUAUGUUGGUUUUGUCGUGUGGCGGCUCAAUUAUAUUUAUUUAUCA